AGCUCAGCUUUGAAGGUAGGUAGGUACGCAGUGCGUAUUUUUCUCCAGUUUUGGUCACGGCGCUACCCUACCAACUCGGCCGUUCAAGAUCGUUCUCCGCUCACUGCAACCCUUUUUCGAGCAGCUCAUACAUACAUUUCAUGGAGCAUGCAUGGGUAACCAACCAGCCGACUUUGCCAAUAUCGUAUAUAUCCUGAGCUUUCCUCCUCUCCUACUUCUGGCACUAUCUUUCUUUUAGCUUCUACCAACCCGUCUCUUUUUGUCCUUGUUCCUCUCGAGGUCAAUUGGUGUGUUGUUUUUCAUGUGCUGUUAGCUGGUAUUUGAUUAGGUUCUUAUUUUGGUUGCUUUUUCCCGCUUUUCUGUAUCAUACCUUCUUUGCCCUUCCAACUCAAGGCCCAAGGCAGCCUCACUCGUCCACCUCCGGUCUCGUCCGCACUUCAUAUCUCGCCCUGGCCGCCUACAGAUUUUUUUUUCUCUCUCUCUCGGAGACUGUUGGGUAUAUUCCUGACUGCCUGUCGUUUUUAUCACCGAGGAUCGGUCAAAACCUCUCUUACGGAAGAAAACCGAUCACAUAGGUAUCUGGGUACCUCGACGCAAACGACACUUGUGGCCUAGAAACCUCACUACACCACAUCCUUGAAAUUCAUAUUACUUGUCAUUCCUCAAAAGAAAAGCCACAGAAUUCUCUCUCCCGCAAUGGCAACUCCAGUACAAAUUACGACCUUGCCAGUAUGGCCAAUCACCUUUCUCGAGGAUGCCGUUGUAUACUUGUCGGCAAUAUUCACCCCCUGGUUUACAGCAUUUUGCGUACUAUGGCUGCAUAGAUAUGUUAGACUUAUUGUCCACUGCUACAGCCACUGGACUUACAAGUCUAAACCUAUCCCAAGCAAGCCCUCCUACACAUCAGAUGAUGUUACGGUAGUGAUUCCCACGAUCCACGACAACUUUGAUGAGCUCCGACCCUCGCUUGAGAGCAUUUUGGCCACACAGCCGCACGAGCUGAUUAUGGUCACAACCGCCGACAAGUUUGAGGAUCUGCAGAGGGUUGCAAAAACUCUCUCAUCUCCGAACAUCCGCAUCUUCUGCACUCAGUACGCCAACAAGCGCAUUCAAGUGUGCGAGGCCCUUCCCAAAAUCACAACCCGCAUCACCAUCAUGGCCGAUGACGACGUGACCUGGCCAUCGACAAUGAUGCCUUGGAUUCUGGCCCCAUUCGAGGACCCGAAAAUUGGAGGUGUCGGCACUUGCCAGAGGGUAAAAAGGGUCAGGGAGGGAGGACUUGCGCCGAGGCUAUGGAACUGGCUGGGUGCUGCUUACAUCGAAAGGCGCAAUUUUGAGAUCUCUGCGACGCACAACAUGGACGGCGGUACUUCUUGCAUGUCGGGUCGAACUGGCGCCUACCGAUCUGAAAUCCUCAGAGAUUACGAGUUUCUUGAGGGAUUCAUGAAGGAGGAGUGGUGGGGUAAGAUCCUCAAGGCCGACGACGACAACUUUGUGAGCCGCUGGCUCGUCAGCCACCAGUGGAAAACGUGGAUUCAGUACGAGGAGGGAUGCGAGCUGGAGACCACGCUCGAGAACAACACAAAGUUCCUAUAUCAAUGCUCAAGAUGGGCCAGGAGCAACUGGCGCAGCAACUGGACCAGUCUGGUCAAGGAGCGCUAUGUCUGGAAACAACAAUGGUGGUGCACAUAUGCGUUGCACAUUGCAACCUUCACCUCGCUCGCCUUCGUCUUCGACUUUCUCAUCUUGGCAGCCCUCUGGUGGGGCGCCGAAGAUUGGGAGCCGGUGAACCGAACCCGUGCCCUUUACGCUCAACUCGCAUUCCUGGCCUUAUCCAAGGUUGUUAAGCUCGUUGGCCUCUUCCGCCGCCACCCGGCGGACAUCAUGUUCCUCCCUGUGUCCAUCAUGUUUGGUUACUUCCACGGCCUCAUCAAGAUCUAUGCCGGCCUGACUCUUAACAUGACGUCAUGGGGAAGCCGAACAGAUGGAGACACCGACGACGCACACCGUCUUGCGCCCGGCCCGGUCCGAUCUUCUAGCCUUAACACGCCCCGAAGCGAGCAAAAGCUUCCUCACUACGUGCAGGAGCGCGACGAGAUCGUCAACGAGAAGCAACAAAUGCGGGAAGAGAAGAGGGAGUACCUGUGAUGGGCACUUUAGACGGAUGGCUCGCAAGAGUGCCCUCAUGCGACCCUCUUUCUUUUUUUCUUUCUUUUUUUCUAACGCCUUAUGGAUUGAACGAAAUUGAUGACGUUUCCUUUUUUCAUUUUUUUCAUUUUUUUUCACAUAAUCAUUGGGUUUGGGGGCACUUAAAAAGAAAACAAGGAAAUAGAAAGGGAUCAAGACAGGAUGGUAGGUAGAACAGGACUCAACAUCUCUCAGUCCCUUUUGUGGGUUGGGAAAUGGGGCCAUCAUCGCCUUUUUCUCGAUCUCUCUUGCAUUUUCUUUUUAUUCUAUUCUUCAUUAUCUCGGAUAAAAGGUUAUUUUUCUUCUUCUGGCGUUUUCUUCUACUGGCAUGGGUUUUCCACAAGGAGUUCUUUCUGGGAGUGUCUGGCUUCAACUGCAUGGGCCAUCUCCUAUCUUCUAGGAAUGGUGGAUUUUGGUUUCUCAAGAAAAAACAAAAUACGGGGCAUUUUCAAGGUUUCAAAAUUUUGCUUAUUGUUUUCUUUUUUUUUCUUUCUUAAUUUCAUUUUGCUUCACCUGAACUUGGGGGAAGGAAGGUGCACAAAGAGGACUGGUGAGAAAUUGCCAGCUCCAACGUGGGUUGCACGGGAGUCUAAUCAUCACUCAAAUUCUCCUUGAUCUCUCUUCCCUAAAUCAUCUGAACGGCUCGGCUGGAGAAUAAAAAAAAAGGUUCCUGCAUGUGGCCGGAGUUUGGGCGAGCGUCAGGGUUGUACAUCUGGUGCGGGCAAAGGGUGUUACAAGGAGGGGGGAAAAGAUUGGCCAAUGGCCUGAUAAAAGAGACGAGGACUUGAGUAGAAUGAAUAAAUAGACGAUAAUAAUACGAGGGUAUACCAGUUGAGAUGACAAAUAAGCCGUCAUUGCCUAGCAGUACCCUGCAUAAGUCCCACCCGAGAUCAUGCACUUUGCCAGCACAUCCUAGUUUUAAGGGUAGGUAGUUAUCUACGUAGUUGGUCCGCGAACCUUCAACACGUCAGUUCGUUUUCCACUCAUGUCUAUAC